UUAAGCCAGGAUAGGCCGCGCAAGCUAGGUCAAGCUGGGCCUGCUUAAUUACCUGGAUUUCUUUAUUCUGGUUUCGUGCAAUACCCCUCUGUACUCACAUCGGCAGAAACGCACACGGAACUCAAACACACAGGAUGGGGCGUGGAUGGCAAUCUUUGCCCUGUAGAUCCUGCGCUUAUACUGUCGAGACCACAAAAACUAAACUUAAGCCACUAUAAUGAAGCAGAACUACAACCGGCCAGGGGCAUUCUGGGUAACGUAGUCUUUGUUAGUCCACAGACUUUUAACAUGUUUAUUUGUUUGUUUAUUUGUUGCUUGUUGGGUUAAGCGCAAGACAUUCUUCUGACCAGUUGGUGGCGGAACGGCACGAGUCGUUGCGGGCCAACCACCAACAAAACCCACGAAGAAGAAAAUGGUCUUCCGGGUUUACGGGUCAUUGUACCGGAAGCACGUGAUUCCACUGUAGAGCGAAAACACUGUCCCUCCACAUGCGUUGCCUUCACUCUUGCAUGUAGAGAUAAACAUUAAAACAAAGUCUUGUUUUUUUAUUUGUUUGUUUCGGAGAAAACAUGGCGGACAUGGACGUCAUCCAGCUGCCGGUGAGGGACGACGGAAAACCAACGAAGAAGAAAAAGAGGGCCCCACCGCCUAAUUUGGACCCGGAGGAAGAGGAGCGGAAACGGCAGAGGAACGUGACGAAGCUCGCGGUGCUAGGGGAGGAGGACGGCGCCGUGAAGCGGCUCGAGACGCUGGUGUUCGGGGCGGAGGACGAGCUGCUGGACCGGCUCGCGGAGGAGGAUGAGGAGCAGACUGGAGACCUGCUGCUGGAGGAGGGGGGAGAGGAAGAGUCCUGGCGGUCCGAGGGUGAAGAGGAGACUCAUCAUCAGCCCCAAACAGCUGCCUGGGUGGACGAGGAUGACGAGCAGGAGGAAGAGGUGGACAUGACUCACCGUUACCGUAGAAACCUGAUGAAAGGAGAGGCCGAGGCCACUAUGUCCAAGCAGAAGCUGCAGCAGAGGAUGAAGGAGCAGUUCCAGAAGUCGAUGGGGGGAACGCCGGCCUGGGCCCAGAGCAGCGAGAAGAGGAAGAGGACAGCCGAUGAAGAAGAGGAGGAGGAGGAAGAUGACCUGCUGAGGAGGACCGGGAACUUCGUGGCGUCCUCAGAAAGUCUUCCAAGCGGCAUCCUGAGGAUGAAGAAGUGUCUUCACGCGAACAGCGCCCGUCCAUCAGAGGACAGACUGACCACCGUCCAGUUCCACCCCUCUGCUCAGGUCGUCAUGACAGCAGGUCUGGACCAGUCCAUCUCCCUCUUUCAGGUGGAUGGGAAGACCAACCCAAAGAUCCAGAGCAUCCACCUGGAGCGGUUCCCGGUCCACAAAGCCCAGUUCAGUCAGAACGGGGAGACGGUGAUCGCCACCAGCCUGAGGAACAAGAUGUUCUACCUGUACGACAUGAUGGAGGGCCGGGUCUCACCUGUGCAUGCCGUCAGAGGUCUGAAUGAGGCCAGAGUGAUGGAGUUCUCUGUGUGUCCUGAUGGGGGCGCUCUGCUGCUCACUGGAACCAACGGAUACCUGCACCUCCUCACACUCAAGACGAAGGAGGUGGUCCGCAGCAUGAAGAUAAAUGGUGACAUCAGCGGCGUGGCCUUCUCUCAUGAUGGCAGCAAGGUUUUCGCCAACUCAGAGGAGGGUGAGGUGUAUGUGUGGGACAUGCGCAGCAGUCGAUGUGUCAACAGGUUUACAGACGAGGGCUGCGUGAAGGGGACGUCCAUCGCCGCCUCACGGAACGGCCGCUACCUGGCCUGUGGCUCUCAGUCCGGCGUGGUCAACAUCUACUCCCAGGAGGCGUGUCUUAACUCCGCCAGUCCAAGGCCUCUGAGGACGGUGAUGAACCUACUGACAUCAGCGACUUCCCUCACCUUCAACCCCACCUCCGACAUCCUGGCCAUCGCCUCCCGGAUGGAGGACGAGGCCGUCAGGAUGGUCCACCUCCCCAGCCUCACAGUCUUCUCCAACUUCCCGGUCUCCAAGAGGAAGAUUGUUCAUCGGGCCAGCUGCCUCGACUUCUCUCCAAACAGCGGCUUCUUCUCAUUGGCUAACAACAAAGGCCACGCCCCCCUUUUCAGGUUGCUGCAUUACAAAGAUUUCUGAAGAGGAGCCGUGAGGACGACGGAUCGGAUCAGAACCAUCAGAACUGACCCACCCCUUAAUGUUUAUAUGAUGUGUUAUAAAAGAAGUCCAACAGAACCUCCUGUUUCUGUCCAUUUGUUCCCAGAACUGGCUCCUGGUAUCAGAACCUUGAGUCCUGAUACUAGAACCAGCUGACUCCAGGUAUCAGAACCAGAAAACUUUAGGUACCAGAACUGGCCUCAUUCCUGGUACCAGAAGCGGCUGACUCCUGGUAUCAGAACCAGCUGACUCAAGGUACCAGAACCAGCUGACUCCUGAUACUAGAACCAUCUGACUCCAGUUAUCAGAACCAGCUGACUCCAGUUACCAGAACCAGCUGACUCCUGGUACCAGAACCAGCUGACUCCAGGUGCUAAUCGCGUUUGGACUCCAAGGUCUCAGAACUCCUUGAGAACUUUUUAAUGAUGAGUUUAAAAUGUUUGGAUGAAUUUUGUUGUCAUGAUAUUUCUGCUGUUUGUCUGAGUUUAAAUAAAGUUUUAGUUAAUGGUGUCAGCCAA